AUGGGUUACCAACAAAUCGAUUGUUUUGACAUCCAUUUAAAAAUCCUCAGAAUACUUGGCGUGUGGCCACAUGAUAAUCCAAGUAUCUACUACAUAUAUUUCUCCAGAAUUUUUGUGUUUACAUUCACAGUUUUAUAUGUCGUGAUAUAUACCAUGAACUUCUAUUUUUUACCACAACAAUUGGAAGUUUUCGCUGAUGAACUAAUAUUUUAUUUUACCAACGUUGGAGCUCUAUCUAAAGCGUUGGCCUUUAUAUUUCUGCGUGACAAAGUAAAAAAAAUGCUUUUUAUGUUAGAAAGUGAGAUAUUUCAAUCUGACGACCCUGAAGAAAUUAAAUUGAUAAAGGAAGGCAAAGAGAAAUCCAAUUUUUAUUGGAAAAUAACUGCUGGGUUAUCGGUUUCUGCAAAUACAGUAAAUGUGUGCCUCCCGUUGCUGGUACAUAUAAUUUUUUCGGUUGAGCUUGAGUUUCCUGUGUGCAGAUACUCGUUUAUUCCGGAGAAAUAUGAAGCUAUGUUUGCGUAUCCAGCGUAUUUCUAUCAGAGUAUAGGAAUUACGACACAUAUGCUGUACAACGUGAAUAUCGAUACAUUCCUUCUGGGCGUGAUGUUUCUUGCUAUGACCCAACUGGAUAUUCUUGAUAGGAAAUUGAGGAAAGUGACCGAUGUUUGUAUUCAUCCUGAUGCCACCCGCGGUUCGGUUGAUAAGUUCAUUGACGAUCAGAAUGCCGUAUUGGAAAUUAUUAAAUGCAUCAAGCACUAUGAUGCUAUUUGCGAAUAUUGUAAAUUAAUUCAAGAUGCUUUCAGUGAGAUAUUAUUCGUGUUAUUCAGUUCGGGCUCUUGUAAGAUAUGCAUGUGCCUAUUUCGAUUCACUAUGCCUGCAACAACAGGAUACUUUGUUUUUUUGACGCUGUAUGUAACUGUGAUGACACUUCAAGUGAUGGUGCCUUGUUGGUUCGGGUCUCGGCUUAUGGACAAGAGCAGUCAAAUUACUAUUGCGGCGUACGACUGCGACUGGACGCCACGAUGUCGCAGGUUCAAGAGCAAUUUGCGACUAUUAGUCGAACGAGCAAACAGACCUAUCACUAUUAUUGGUGGGAAAAUGUUCCUGCUCUCACUAGCAACUUUUACUGCGAUAAUGAACUCUUCUUACUCCUUCUUCACUUUGAUGCGUCACAUGCAAUCUCGUUGA